AUGGCCCAGGCGGACAACUCUGAGGGCGCGAGCCUGCCUUCAGUGCGUCAUGGCGCCCGCCUGCCAGCGGGGGGAGCGGCGGGACACGCCGACAUCUACGAGUCGUGGUACGCGCUGUCGCUGGUGAGGUCCGAGACAUGUCUGAGAAGUUGGUCUCUGUUCGAUGGCUGGCCUCGUUCUGUCCCUCAGCACGCCAUCAGCUCCAACGCAUGGCGUUUGCGGAAAAGCAAGACCCGUCAAGAGACAAGCUUCUGCUCUCAUGAGUCGCUUCCAGUCACCUACCAAGCAUGUGUCAUGCCCAAGGACUGUGAUGUGAGCGACUGGUCUGAGUGGUCCGCUUGCUCCAGGGACUGCUACCGCCCCGACGGGCCCGAAGGAGAGCAGACUCGGACACGAAAAGUGGGCCAGUUCCCCAUCGGAGGAGGAGCCGAGUGUCCUGAGCUGGAGGAGAAGCAGCCGUGUCGUCCUGGAGAGACUGUCACCCCGUGCAUAGUACACAGCUGGAAGACCAGCGAGUGGACAGAGUGCAGGGUGGACAUGUUGCUGAGUCAGCAGGAUCGUCGCAGGGGAAACCAAACCAGCUUGUGUGGAGGCGGCAUUCAGACCCGAGAGGUUUACUGCGUCCAGGAUGGAGCGGAGAGAACAUCCAACCUCAGUUCUCUCAGGACCAAAGAAGUGUGGCGUCCCGUGGACAACAGUCUGUGUUUGGCGGCCCCCCCCAACACCAGCCAGCUCUGCCACAUCAACUGUCCCGUCCAGUGUGACCUCUCGUCCUGGAGCGCCUGGGGACCCUGCACCUACGAAAACUGCCAGGACCCCAGCGCUAAGAAAGGUUUCAAGAUGAGGAAGAGGAAGAUCGUGAGCGGUCCACCAGGUGGGACGGGUAACUGUCCCCACCUGGUGGAGGCCAUCCCGUGUGAAGACCCAAGUUGUUUUGAUUGGUUGCUGCUCAGACUGGACUCGUGUGUUCCUGACAACCACAAGGACUGUGGACCAGGAACCCAGAAUCCUCAAGUUCAGUGCGUCAACAGCGAAGGCCAGCAUGUGGAGCGCCAACUAUGCCGGGAUGCCAUCCUUCCCAUGCCAGUCAUCUGUGAGGUGCCUUGCCCGAAGGACUGUGCACUCAGCCCUUGGACUUCCUGGUCCCUCUGCUCCCACACCUGCUCUGGGAAAAACACAGAGGGCAAGCAGACCCGAGCUCGCUCCAUCUUGGCGUAUCACGCAGCGGAAGGUGGAGUGCAGUGCCCCAACAUCAGUGCCUUACAGGAAGUGCGUAGCUGCAACGAGCACGCGUGUACUGUGUACCACUGGCAGACGGGCCCUUGGGGCCAAUGCAUGGAGGACUCCUCCGUCCCCGCCGCCAACACGUCCACGGGACGAGGGCGUGGAAACGAUGCUUCCUGCUCCGUGGGGAUGCAAACACGCAAAGUCAUCUGUGUGCGGGUCAACGUGGGCCAGGUUCCUCCCAAAAAGUGUCCAGAGAGUCUGCGUCCAGACACGGUGCGACCGUGCCUGCUGCCCUGCAAGAGAGACUGUGUUGUCACGUCUUACAGUGACUGGAGCAGCUGUCCUUCUACCUGUCACAUAGGCGGUAAGACGAAGAAGAAGCAGCACAGAAGACGUGUGAUGGUUCAAUUCCCAGCCAAUGGAGGUCAGGACUGUCCUGAAGUGCUGAGUCAGCUCCGAGACUGCGACGCUCCUUCUGUGUGUCCAGGAUACAAAUGGAAAAGCCAUAAAUGGCGGAGAUGUCAAAUGGUCCCAUGGUCCGUUCGUCAGGACAGCCCCGGGUCUGAGGAGACUUGUGGUGCAGGUCUACAGGUUCGAGCUGUUUCCUGCCGCAAGCGAGCGGGCGGACAGGCAGAUGUCGAAGCUUGCCUGAAGUUUUCCAGCGCCAUGCCACCUCUCACCCCCCUGCCGUGCCAGGAGGACUGCCAACUCAGCAGCUGGUCCAAGUUCUCCCCCUGCACGGCCGACUGCGUGGGCGUCAGGGUGCGCAAACGCCUUCUCAUGGGUAAGAGCAAAAAGCGCGAGCAGUGCAAGAACCACCAGGUGUACCCGCUGAGCGAGACCCAGUACUGCCCCUGCAACAAAUACAACGCCCAGCCGGUGGGCAACUGGUCCGACUGCGUCCUGGCGGAGGGCGGACGCACCGAAGGACCGGUGGGCACCAAGGUCCAGGGCGAUACCAAGGAGUGCGGUCAGGGGUAUCGAUACCAGGCCAUGGCGUGCUACGACCAGGAUAACCGUAUCGUGGAGACGUCACGCUGCAACAGUCAUGGUUACAUCGAAGAAGCUUGCAUCAUUCCUUGUCCGUCCGACUGCAAACUCAGCGAGUGGUCCAACUGGUCCAGGUGCAGCAAGUCGUGUGGCAGUGGGGUCAAAGUGCGCUCCAAGUGGCUGAGGGAAAAGCCCUACAACAGCGGGAGGCCGUGUCCUAAACUGGACCAUGUCAACCAGGCCCAAGUGUAUGAAGUGGUGCCUUGCCUCAGUGACUGUGGGCAGCAUGUGUGGCUGGCAGAGCCGUGGAGUGUGUGGAAAGUCAGCCACUCGGACUUGAACAACAACUGUGGUGAAGGCGUUCAGACCAGAAAAGUCCGGUGUAUGCUGAACACCAUCGAUGGGCCCUCGGAGCAGGUGGAGGACUACCUGUGUGACCCCGAGGAGAUGCCUAUGGGUGCUCGGAACAGUCGCUUGCCUUGUCCGGAGGACUGCGUGUUGUCAGACUGGGGACUCUGGAGUCCGUGUCCACUGCCGUGCAACGUGAACCGUACCCGUGAGAGGAAGGCGUAUCUUCUCCGUCAGCCCGGACAGCGACAGGAAUGUCCUCCCAGCAGCCAGACAGAAUCCUGCAAACUCAACAGCAACUGCUUCCACUACUCCUACAACAUCACCGACUGGAGUACGUGUCAACUGAGUGACCGAGCCGUGUGUGGAAACGGCAUCAAGACGCGCAUGCUGGACUGCGUGCGAAGUGACGGCAAAUCUGUCGACCUGACGUUUUGUAACGAGCUCGGCCUGGAGAGGAAGUGGCAGAUGAAUGCUUCCUGUGUCGUCGAAUGUCCUGUCAACUGCCAGCUGUCUGAGUGGGCGCCGUGGUCCCAAUGUACCCACAAGUGCGGACUGCAAGGGAAGCUGUGGAGGCGGAGGACUGUCAUCCAGGCUCCCCAAGGAGACGGCAGGCCGUGUCCGUCCCAGAUGGAGCAGUGGAAGCCCUGCCUGGUGAAGCCCUGCUACACCUGGAGAUACGGUCCCUGGUCCGACUGCAAGUCCGAGGGGGCGACGUGCGGGGACGGUCUGCGCUUCAGGAACAUGUCGUGCUUGGUGACGGAUGGAUCGGACCUCCAGGGAAGUCUGGUGGACGAUGAGCUGUGUGGAGAUCUAGAACUGGUGGUGGACGGGGACCCGCGGGUCACACUGCAGGAGUCCUGCACCGUACCUUGUCCAGGGGAAUGCUACCUGACCGACUGGACCGCUUGGAGUGCGUGCCAGUUGAGUUGUGUGAGCGGGGACGAUCUGGGUUUCGGUUCGGUCCAAGUCCGCUCUCGGGCCGUCGUGGCGCAGGACCCAGAAAAUCUGCUUCAGUGUCCAGGACAGGAGCUGGAAGCACGGCCAUGUACAGAGGGACAGUGUUUGGAAUACAAGUGGCGAGCGGCAGCGUGGAGAGGAUCAUCACGCCACGUGUGGUGCCAACGCUCGGACGGCUUGAACGUCACAGGCGGCUGCCCGGCAACGACACAACCGCUGGCUGACAGAUCAUGUGACCCGGCCUGCACCAAACCUCGAUCUUUUUGUACCGAGGCGGGAGUGUGUGGCUGUGACGAAGGCUACACGGAAGUCAUGACGUCCGACGGCCUACUGGACCAGUGCACCCUCAUCCCAGUGCUGGAGAUUCCCAGCGCCGACGACAACAAAGCAGACGUAAAAACCAUCCGAGCCUUCAACCCCACCCAGCCGGCGGUCAGCCCGCCUGGCAGAGUGGGACGCACCUGGUUUCUGCAGCCCUUCGGUCCAGAUGGCAAGUUGAAGACGUGGGUGUACGGAGUAGCAGCAGGAGUGUUUGUGCUGCUCGUCUUCAUCAUCUCCAUGACCUACUUAGCAUGCAAGAAGCCCAAGAAAGCCCAAAGACGGCAAAUGAACAACCGGCUGAAACCUUUGACCUUGGCCUACGAUGGCGACGCCGACAUGUGACACUCAAACAUCAACACUAGUAUUCAUCCUAGACCUUUUUUUACUUUGGAACAUUUUCUUUCACCAGAGCCUUCAUAACUUUUACAUGCCUUGAAUUAUUGGUGCUUUUACUUUGAAUAUUCGAUUAUUUAGUAUUCUUCUGUUCUGUCGGAACUGAGAGUCAUUUUAUUUAUUUAUUUCAUGUUAUUUAUUCAAUCUUCUGCCUUUUUCUUGUUUUUGUUCCAGGCAUUAUUUUGCACUAUAUUAGUGCAGCAUGUUGCAGAUUUACAGUAAGUACAGUAGAGCUAGACUUUCAUCGCCUCGAAACACACUUUGAGAAACUUUUUAAAAGGUGUACAUUCCACUCUGCCUGCUUUUAUUCUAACUUUUGUUCAACGUUUGUACUUUUGUACAAAAGUGUGAUUGAAGGCUGACUUCAAAUGUAUUCUGUGAUAUUUUCUAUUAUGCGUCGUUUUACAUUCAUUUGACUCACAUCGGACUUUUCAUUGUUUGUCAAAAAGUCAUCAUUGAGGCUUAAAUAGUUUUAAAAUCAUUUUUUGCCUCACAUUCUCCACUUGUUAUGAAGUACAGUAGUACCUCACUUUUUGUCGAUUAGUGGUCAAAAAAGGUUAAAAGCAAAAUCAACCAAAUAUUCUCACAAUAAAAUAAAAACAAUAAUAAUAAUAGAUUU